AUGUCCAUGGAGAAAGUCUCCCUCGAGCACCUCCCGUCCGAGUACGCCAUCCAUCUAGCCCUCUUCCGGGAGGUCGAGAACGCCGCGUUCCUCCACCAGCAGCUGCUCGGGCGCAACCCGGCAUUCGAGUACGCGUUUGUUGACGCCUCGGUGGUCGUCUCCCGCCGUCAGCUCCUCUCCGUCGUCUUCAAGGCCACCCUGGCGGCCGUCAACGGCACACUGAAGACGCCCAACGUGCACUCGGAAAUCGUCGUCUCCCUCAGCACCUCGAGCAACAUUGCCGACGCCUACCGCAGGUUCGGCGUGUCACCGUCGACCAAGGACCUCCUCGUCGUCAAGGUCACCUUUCCGACCGAAUCCGAGCCUCGGCCGGUGUCGAGCGACGGCAUCUGGGAGCAUCUGCGAUCGAACGUGCAAGGACGAGCCGUCGACGCGAGCGACGAAAACAUUGCCACGGCCACGGACCUCGCCAAGGUGCGCAAGUACUACAAGCUCAACGGCCUAGGUUGGCUGGAUGCCAUACAGGACGACGGGGAGAAGCGUGCCGAGAUGGAGAUGCUCAUUCUCGGCGCCAUGGCCCUGCGGGGGGUGUGA